AUGGGGGUGGGGGCAGGAGUGGUAGCAGCGCAUCCCUCCGGGAGAGGGGGCCUGGGCUCUCCCGGGACCGCGGGAACGCGCUUCAGCUCUCACCCGCUCUCGGCGGUAACCCUGGGCAAGGCGCUCUCUGCCCGCUCCACCACAGCCUCGGCGUCCUCCUCAGCUAUAGGGGGCUCGGCCCGCUCCCUCUCCCUCUCCCUCCCUCUGCGGACCUCCGUUUCCCCACCCGGGCUUGGGGCGCGGCGUCCUCCAAAGCUCCGCGUCGACCGUCGGCUCCGCUGGAUUCUUCCUCCGGUGGGGCCCGGGCCGCCGGGGCCGCUCCGCCGACGCAGAACCAGGUCCGAGCUUCGGCCGCCCCAGCCGGGGAUCUGCACCCAGGAGCUUGGCCCCACCUACCCCCUGCGUGCCCCGCCCACCUACCGCUGCUCCUCCUACUCACCCGCCCGCCCCGCCCCGCCCACCAGCUGCAGCCCCCAGUCCCCAGGGGUCCACGAGCGCCGGGGUCCCAGGACUUUUAACCUCUGCUGGCUACCUGGGCCGUGGCCUCCGACGCAGGCGACCCACCUUCCAGGCGAGGAGCGCGGGAGUCUGCAUGCUGACCGUGUUGUUGGCCAGCCUCAUGAGUGUAAGCUCUCCGACCACGUUCUGGAUUGUUACAGCACCAGUGCCAACUCGACUGCCAACUCGCAAGCUGGCACCACUGUCAGUGCCACAUCUUGUACCAGUGCUAGUGCCACCUCUGGUGUUAAAGGCGUUUCUGGUACCAGCCCGACAGCUAGAGGUAGCACCGGCUCCAGAGCCAGAGCCAGCUCCAAUCACCAGCUCCUGCAGCGUUCCAGAGCUGGAGCUGGCUCCAGGGCCACCUCCAGAUUUAGAGCCAGUGCCAGGUGCAGAAUGAGAGCCGGCUCUAUCACUAGAUCUAGAGUCAAGUCCAGUGAGAGAACUAGUUCCAUCAUCGGCUCAUGGAAAAGCCCUCAAACUCCAGUGAGCUCCGCAACUGGCUCCAGCACCAGCUCCAGGGCUGGAACCAGCUUUGGCACCGGCUGUCUCACCAGCUGCAGGGAUGGAAGCAGCUCUGUCAUCAACCAAUUUGCCAGCUCCAGCAGCAGCUCUAGACUUUGGAUCAGACCCAACACAAAGCCCAGAGUGACAGAUAACAACAGGAAGUGAACUCGAGUCUACCCCAGCACCACCUCUGGCAACACAGCUAGAGCUACAGGCAGCUCUAGAGGUAGAGCUCUCUCUAGAGCUAGUGUCAGCACCAGAGCUAGCUCGAGCAUUAGCUCCCGAGCUAGAGAGAGCUCCACUGCCCGUUCCAGGGCGAGAGCCAGCUCCAAGCACCAGCUCAAGAGCGCGAGUGAUAUCUGGAGCCAGCUCCAGCCAAAGCUCCAGACUCGGUGUCAGUUCCAGCACCCGCUUCAGCACUGAUCCAUUGCCAGAGCCAGUUCUAUUACCACUAACAGUUCUGGCUCUCCAGAACUAGAGCCAGAGCUGGCUGCAGAGCCAGAGUCAGCUCCAGCACCAGAGCUCGAGCCAGCGCCAUGGCGACAGUCAACUCAGGCUCCAACACUGGCAUCAACUCCUGAGAUAGAGGCAGCUCCAGCCUCAGCUCCAUUGCUGCUCCUGGGCGGGGCUGCUGUUAUCCCACGAGCUGGAGCUGGCUUGAACACCAGCUGUCAUGUCAGCUCUACCUCUGGAAGAUAGAGACAGCUCUAUCACUGACUCCCAUGCCAGCCCCAGUGAUAGAGCGAGAACCAGCUCAAAGCCAGCUUAGAGCCAGUGCUAGGUGCCAAGGAAGAGGUCGCUCCAGCGUCAGCUCUAGCAUCAGCCCCGGAGUUACAGCCAUCCCUGGCACCAGCUCCAGAGAGAGAGUCAGCACCAAGUUCAGACCUAGAGCCUGCUCCAGCCACAGUUCCAGGACCAGCUCCAGAGCCAGAGCCCCCGUGAGAGUCAGCUCCUGCGGCAGCUCCAGAGCAAGAGCUGGCUUGGGCGCCCGUAGCAGACUUAGAGCCAGUGCCAGCUCAGGAGGAAGAGCCGCAGCUGCAGCACCAACGUCAGAGCUAGAUCGUGCUCUGGUACCAGCACGAUGCCAUGUCAGAGGCAGAGGCAGCUCUGUCAGCAGCUCCUAGGCCAGACUCUGUGCCUGCUCUGGCGCCAGAAUCUGCCCUGACACCAGUUGCAGAGGUGGAACCAGUCCAGAGCUACAGCCAGCUCCACCGCCAGUUUUAGCGCCAGCCACAGAGCUCGAGCCGGGACCGGCUGUACAGCGAGAGGCACCAGAAGCAGAGCCAGCGCCAGACCGGAGCUGGAGUCAGCCGCAAAGUCAGCGAGAGCUCCAGCACCAGGGACAGCUCCCGCGUCCUCUCCACAGCAAAAUCCACGGCGGCUUCCGGCACCUGCUGUAACCUUAGCUCCGGAGGUACAGCGGCUCCAGGACCUGACCCACAGCUCAAGCCAAACCAGUACCCACCCAGGAGUCAGCUUCAGUGGCCGCGCCAGAGCCAGAGCCGGAGCCAGCGACCGCAAUAGCUGUAGCACCGGCUCCGGCCAGUGUGAGAGACAGCUCGAGAGCGCUGUCCAACGGCAGAACCAGGUCUAGACCGUCUCUGGAGGUAGAUCCGCCUCCAGCGCCUUCCCCAGAGCUAGAGCCAAGUCCAGCAUCAGCUCUUGCAUAAGCUCCAGUGCCAGUCCUAGGAGCAGAGCCACCUUUGAACUAGAGCCAGCUGUGUACCCGCUCUAGGACUGGGCGGGGCUGGGGGCGGGGCUGAGGGCGGGACAGUCCCUUCUGGGCAGGUCACUCCCAGGGCCUCCUCCUCCUCCCUCCCUGAGGUCCCGGCCGUCGGGUCCUCUGAGGCCCCGCUUUCCCAAGCGAGGCUCAAAGUGGGCAGAGACCGCUCUGUUGGAAACUGGCCAAUACCUUAAAAACUGUAUAUGUUUUGACCCAGAAAAUCCACCUCAUGGAUUCUGCCCUGAAUAGAGAUUUAUGGACACAGAUGUUCCCUUCAGCAUGAUUCUGAGAGUGAAAAAUGGCAAAUGGCCCAUGUCCCAUAGCAGGGGCUUUUCGGAAAUUCUGAUUCGGGGCCCCAGAAAAUGCGGAGGAGGAAGACGAUGGACUGAUCAGCACCCGCCCGGGGGAACCAGGUUCCAGAAGGGCACACGUGCCCAGAGUCCUCCCCACCUGACACCCACGACUGCACACGCACACACGUGCACAUGGGCACACACACCAUGCGAGAAUUCCUGCGGGUAAACUCCUGGGAUUAGCUCUGCAGGUAAAGGGUUGCACCCAUGGAGCUCUGGGGUCCUGCGCACUGUUCUCCCAGACGGGAGUGUCCUUCCACGCUUCCCUCUAGAGGACCGGCUGGGCCUCUGCUUCCUCACACUGUCCCCAGGGCUGGUCGCCACCAGACUAGAAACCUGUCGGUGUGGUGUUGACAGCGCCGUCUCCACGGCGCUUACAUCUGCGUGUCCUCACUGGGAGGUCAAGCGUCUCUGACCUGUACCGACCACGUGUGCGGCCUCUUGUUGGAGCUGCACAUGUGUGUUCUCUGUCCCUUUUUAAAACAUUGACUUUCAAGAUCUGGGGGACCACAGGGGCGUCAAACCUUUCUCUGGCCCUGGGGUGUGAGGAGUGCUGAUCCAGUUUAUGGUUUGUCUCCCCAGCUUUCUACAUGUUUCUUGUUUCUGUUUGGCCAUGGGAAGAGCCAGGCGUUUCCCUUCUGUCUUCUGGCUCUGGGGCCAUACUCAGAACAGGGGUCUCUACCCUGAGACUGCACACAUAUUUACAAAAAAGACUUCAAUUUGUACAUCCCAUCUUUAAUCCAUCUGGCAUUUCCCUUUCAUAUAAUAAAAAUGCUAUUUUGAAGUAAAAAAAGAAAACAAAAAUUAACUACUCCCCUCUUAAAAUAUGUGGCCUACACAGAAAGCCACCUUGUAUAAUUCCAUUUAUAGGAAACAUCUAGAACAGGUAAAGACACAGAGACAGAAAGCAGAUUACAGGUUGUCGGGGGCUGGGGGAGAGAGGAAUGGGGCAUGAGCGCUUUGGCUCAGGGAUUCCUUCUGGGGAGUGAAACAGUCUGCCCGAGACCCUGGGGAAGGUUGCAUAGAACUGUGAAUAUACUCGAUGCUCCUGAAAUGCACAAUUUCAAAUUUAAAAAAUUAAACUUGGUUAUAUGAAGACGUAAAAGACACCAUAAAUAAUGUGAAAUGAAAACAUAAAAUUAAAAACCAAAUCAGAAACAGUAACAGGGGAGGG